UACCAAGAAAAGAACGAGCCGCCAUACGCCCGUAUACACUAGCUUCCUCAAUUUCAUUUUUAAGCCAUCUCGUCAUAAUUUCCUUCAAGCUUUUCAUUCAAUACCUGUCUGUUCACCUGUAAAAAUUAAAUUCCUGGAAUUUUUUCUCCUCCUGAAAAAUGUCCACCAACCCCAAAUUCUUGGAAAACAAACACAGCAAAAGCUUUCCUAGUUUCUUAAUGCCGAUGGCGAAUAAAAAUCCAGUGAUAAUAGAGGACAAAGACAAGAUGAGGAAUUGGUCAAGGGCCAUGAGAUCCCAAGGCAAGACUAUUGGCUUGGUACCCACUAUGGGAUACCUCCAUGAAGGUCAUAUAUCACUCAUCAAAGAAGCCCAAAAGCACGCCCAGAUUAUAGUAGUCUCAAUCUAUAUCAAUCCAGGUCAGUUCUCUCCCUCUGAGGACCUUUCCACAUACCCAUCCGACUUUCAUGGUGAUAUCCAAAAGCUCAUGUCUGUUCCCGGUGGUGUUGAUGCUGUGUUUCAUCCCUAUAGUCUCUAUGAUUAUGGAUCAAAAACUGGUUCUGGUGGAGUGGAUAGAGAAGGGGCUAAAGAGAAAAAGGUUGGUGUCGUUUCCUGUGUGGAAGAUGGGGGAUUGGGUCAUGAAACAUGGGUUAGAGUUGAGAGGUUGGAAAAUGGUUUGUGUGGAAAGAGUAGGCCAGUUUUCUUUAGAGGGGUUGCCACCAUUGUCACCAAGUUGUUUAAUGUAGUUGAGCCUGAUAUUGCUGUGUUUGGGAAGAAGGAUUAUCAGCAAUGGCGAGUUAUUCAGCGGAUGGUUCGGGAUCUUGAUUUUUCCAUAAAAAUAAUAGGUUCUGAGAUAAUGCGUGAGACUGAUGGUCUUGCAAUGAGUUCACGCAAUGUGCACCUCUCACCUGAAGCAAGGGAAAAGGCUUUGUCCAUAAAUAGUUCAUUGUCAAGAGCUAGAUUGGCUGCAGAAAAGGGUCAAGUUAAUUGUAGAGAAUUAAGAGACGUGGUCAUCAAAGCAAUAGAAGAAGCUGGUGGAAGAAUUGAUUAUGCUGAGAUUGUAGACCAAGAAAGUUUGGGGGAAGUGGAAGAGAUCAGAAGUCCUGUUGUGUUUUGCGUUGCUGCCUGGUUUGGAAAGGUUAGGCUGAUAGACAACAUGGAGAUAAAAUAUAUGAGAGAUUGAUUUUAGAUGUGCCCAUCCUUUGUCCUUCAAAUUCAGUCCAUAAAUUAACAAGAAAUUGGACUACUUUCACAUUUUUGUAUUUGGGGGAUCUUAUAGAGGCACGCUUAAUCUGCAUAUUUUCUUUUUAUCUUUGGAAAAGAAAUUAUCUUAA